AAUACUGAGGAGCCUAAAUAUCUAAAGCCAAACAAUCCUUUACAUCUCUCUCUCUCUCCAUGGCUUUCUAAAAUCCAUUUAUUUUGUAUAAAGAGAGAAACUUGUAACGUCAUUUUGAAUAAAGAGCCCUCCCUCAUUCUCUUUAUGCUCACUACUACUGUUCUGUUUUCUCUAAAAAAGAGUGAAAAAAGAAAAAAAAAGAAAAGUCCCGCUUCCAAUUCUUGAAAACUAAAACCCUCUUUCUUUUAAAAAGACCCUUUGUUGUUUCUUUGUUUCCCUAUUUUAUUUUUUGGUGAAGUGAAAUGGCUCAUCAGUUUCCUCCAAAUUUAGACGACGGAGAACACUGGCUUCCAUCUGAUAUUUUACUGAAUGAAGUAGUGUUACCCGCUAAAUACAACAACAAUAGUAAUAACCCAAAUCGCUUUUCUUGCAUGGAAGAUCUUGCUGCCCAUUUCGCUACUCUUUCUUUACUCAAGAAUCACCAUUCUUUAACAAGUUUAACUCCUUCAAGACCCAUUCCAAAUCCAUCAUUAUGUUCUCAGAGAGUUAAAAUGGCGGUUCGAGACCAUUUGCCAACUGGGUAUCUUGGUUUUGAUGGCGGUGCUGGUGAACUUAGUCAAAGGUGUUAUGGGUACGCUACCGGUCCCUUUUUAUCCCGGUCUGAACCGCUUUAUGAUUUUCAAGUCCAACCACAGCAGGUUGACAGCUACCUGGAAAAAACAAGGUCUAGGUUUUUGCAAAGGCAAAGACACUAUCUUCAGGAUCGGGUUUACCCAUUUCAGGGAAGUGGGUUUGGUGGCGGUGGUUUGAGAGAGUCAGCAGGUACUGGUGUUUUUCAUCCUCGCAUUGUGAACCCCAGAAUUGCUUCUUCUGGUGGUGCUGAUGUUAAAAGAAAGCAAAGUGGGAGAAGCAGACAACACCCUGAGAUUGAUCAGGUGACUCCACUGAGGAAUUCCACCAUGAGAAAGGUAGUUGUUAACAAUCAGGAAGAUUGCUACUAUCAUCUUCCUCCAGAAAUGGGUUUGCCUCAAGACUGGACUUAUUGAGCUCCUCUCUUCUCCAGACUCUAAUUUUAGUUGUACAAGUGGUCCAAGUAAGGUGAUGAUAGUAAUAGAAUAAGACCUAUAGGAGAAGACUAAAUACAAGUUCAUAAUCUUUUAGGGUUUUGUGCAGUGGGACUAGAGAGAAAAUAGUAGUUAGGUAGGGAGAUAGCCGUGCUUAGAAUUAUGUGUCUGUCUGAGCUACCAAAUUAGCUUAUUAUAUGGUUUAUGGAAAUAAAUAAAAGUGUUAUUUUGUGUAAGUUUUUGGGUUGAAAUCAAUUACCAAAAUGACUAGACUAUUAUUAUAUUAAAAAUGGAUAGAAGAAUAAUAUUUUCUAUUAAGUUUCUUGGAAGACA